UAGUUAAAUGAGUGAAACCUGUCUGUGGGGAGAAACAGCCGAAGUCCUUCAUCUGGACAGCGACAGGAGACAAAAAGCAGGGGACAGAAGAAGACGUCGACGUGUGUCCCCCCCCCACCCCCACCAGGACGUGGACAUAGUUGUUUCCCACCGGCUGCCAUGUGAUCCGUGCCCACCAGCCAGCCGGAAUGCCCCCCCCCCCCCUCCCCACCCCUCCACGCGGCCUCGUCCCCCCGAGGACUGUCCCUCUCUGGAAGUCGUGUUGUUGUCUCGGAGGGGACAUGCGCUCCUUAGCGGGACUCGGUGCCCUCGUGGCCGCGGCAAGCGUCUUCCUCUACGUGCUGUCCAGCCGUCUCCCCCCGGGACCCGCGCAGGGGGGCGAGGACGGGGGGGUCCGGGAGUACAGGCUGAAGUUCCCGUCCGACCUGGACGAGCUGCGGGAGCUCGCCGAGACGCUCAAGUUCUACAAAAGCGAACAUCACGGCUACGUGCUGCUGCUGUUCUGCAGCGCUUACCUCUACAAGCAGUCCUUCGCCAUCCCGGGCUCCUCCCUCCUGAACGUGCUGGCCGGGGCCAUAUUCGGGCCCUGGGAGGGCCUGGUGCUGGCCUGCCUGCUCACCACCGUGGGCUCCACCUUCUGCUUCCUGCUCUCCUCCGCCUUCGGGAAGCAGCUGGUGGUCCAGCACUUCCCGGAGAAGGUGUCCCUGCUGCAGAGGAAGGUGGAGGAAAACCGGAGCUGUUUGUUCUUCUUCCUCCUUUUCCUCCGGUUCUUCCCUAUGACUCCCAACUGGUUCCUUAACAUCACCUGUCCCGUCCUGAACAUCCCCAUGCCCGUCUUCUUCUUCUCCGUUCUCAUAGGUUUGAUCCCCUACAACUUCAUCUGCGUCCGCACGGGCUGCAUCCUCUCCUCCAUCUCCUCCCUGGACGACAUCUUCUCCUGGGGGACGCUGGCCCAGCUGCUGGCCAUCGCCCUCAUGGCGCUCCUCCCCGGGGCGCUGAUCAAACGCUACGGCCAAGCUCACCUCGCGGUGGACGAGCCCGACGACCGCAAGAGGCGGUGAUCCCGGGACUGGGACCAGGUGGGGGGGGAGGGGGGGGGCGGUUGUUGCAUUUCGUUCCUCCAUCGCGCAGCAGCAGUUGGACAUGUGGACCUUCCGUCCAGUGCAGUGAACGGAGGACAACGAACGUCUCUUCUCGUUCACGUUGGGCGUCUCGUCUUAAACACUCACACACGUCUUAAUGUGGCUGCUGUCCCCGAGGACACGUCUCCACGAGAGAAGACCUCAUGGAUGGAUGCGUCCAGUCUUUUCCCAUCUCAGGGAUUUUUCUACAAAGUUUGUCCUAAUCGGAUCAUCAUCAUCAUCAUCAUCGGCCGAGAGUUUCCCAUCAUGCUUUGCAGUCGGUGGAGACGGUUUGUUGUAGAAAUAACUUUGCUUUGAUCUGAUUGGACGAGAUCUGAGGAAAAGGAAUCAAUGCGAGAUCCGACUGAUCUUUGAGAUCCACUUUAAAUGCGUUUUAAUCAAUGAUGGUACUAUUUAUUUAUAAGUACGUUUUGUAGAUUCGUUUUUAGAUCAUUUUUAAAGCUUCUUAUUGAGAAACAGAAGCAUGAAGAGAAACUUUAGAGGGACAGUUGGACGCUGAUGUUCUUGAUAAAAU